AUGUUCAAUUCCAACAUCACUGUUUUUAUGCCUUCUGUGUUGACACUAAUAGGGAUCCCAGGCCUAGAGUCUGUGCAGUGCUGGAUUGGAAUUCCAUUCUGUGCCAUGUAUGUCAUUGCUGUGAUCGGAAAUUCUUUAUUUCUGAACAUCAUCAGAUCAGAACGCAGCCUCCAUGAGCCCAUGUAUAUAUUCCUAGGUAUGCUAGGAGUCACAGACAUUGUACUUAGUACCAGUGUUGUACCCAAAAUGCUUGCAAUUUUUUGGUUUCAUGUGCAAGAGAUUUAUUUUGAUACGUGCCUGUUUCAGAUGGGGCUCAUCCACACAUUUCAGGUCAUAGAGUCAGGCAUCCUUGUGGCCAUGGCCCUGGACCGUUAUGUGGCCAUCUGUUAUCCACUAAGACAUGCUGCCAUCUUCACCCACCAGCUAGUCACCCAAAUAGGGACUAUGAUAACCCUCAGGGCUGCUAUUCUAGUAGCUCCAACCCCCAUUCUGAUAAAAUGCCGACUUCAAUUUUAUCAUACCACAGUCAUUUCCCACUCCUACUGUGAGCACAUGGCCAUUGUAAAACUGGCUGCUGAAAAUGUUCAGGUUAACAAAAUCUAUGGUUUGUUUGUGGCCUUCACUGUUGCAGGGUUUGACCUCACAUUCAUCGCAUUGUCCUAUAUACAGGUAUUUAUCACAGUGUUUCAUUUGCCGCAGAAAGAGGCUAGGUUGAAAACAUUCAACACUUGCAUUGCUCACAUUUGUGUCUUUCUCCAGUUCUACCUCCUUGCCUUCUUCUCCUUCUUCACACACAGGCUUGGUUCUCACGUCCCCCCCUAUAUCCAUAUUCUCUUUUCUAGCAUGUACUUGCUGGUCCCUCCAUUUCUCAAUCCACUUGUCUACGGUGCAAAAAUCAAUCAGAUCCGCAUUCACGUGGUAAAAAUGUUUUGUUUAUGA